AUGAACUCUUAAACAAUCAGAGCUGCUCAUAUUUUAUAAAAGCAUAGAGGAAGUCGUAAUCCACUUGAUAGAGUUAGAAAUGUCCAAGUUACUAGAACUUUAGAUGAAGCUAAAAAAAAUGUAGCAGCUUUCCGUGAAUAGAUCAUGAAAUCAGCUGAUCCUUAAAAAACUUUUAUGGAAAUUGCACAAAAGUAUUCUGAAUGCACAUCUGCUAGAAAUGGAGGUGACUUGGGAGAGUUUGGUCCUGGUUAAAUGCAAGAAUCAUUUGAAUAGGCUGCAUAUGCUCUUAAAGUCGGAGAGAUUUCUAACUUAGUUGAGUCAGACUCUGGUGUUCACAUUAUUUUAAGAUUAGAUUGA